CACAGCUUACUGAGCUUCAUGUUAAUGUUUCGUUCGCCCGCUUUUUGUGUCUUUCACGGCUGCCACCCUCCCUCUGUGCGGCCCCACCCUGUGGCCCCUCCGCUGUGGACUUUUCAGGGGGGUGUUGUCUGCUCCUAUAAAAGCCUGAUUUGAAUCCCUAGCAAGAUCCAGUCCACAUCAUGGAGAGCCAGAGAGUCCAGUCUUCAUACAGGAAGCGCUUUGGGCCUCACAGUUCCAGCAGUCCUGCAGCCAGAGUGGGAAGUUUGUCUUCCAGUCGCCUCUCCUGGCAUGGCACCCCUCGCAGCUUCACCCUCUCCAGCCCGGCGUCUCGGGUCUCAUCCAACAUGACCCUGCUAACGGGGAGCCCAGUGGACCGUCUGGACUUCACAGCUGACUCCAUUAUAAAGGCCCACUUUAAAGAGAUGCGCACCAACGAGAAGAUGGAGAUGAUGGGCCUGAACGACCGCUUUGCCAGUUUCAUCGAGAAGGUCCGCAUGCUAGAGCAGCAGAACAAGGUCUUGGUGGCCGAGCUGAACCAGCUGAAGGGCAGGGAGCCCAGCCGUCUGGGUGACGUCUACCAGGAGGAACUCAGGGAGCUACGCAGGCAGGUGGACGGCCUCACCAACGGCAAGGCCCGUCUGGAGAUCGAGAGGGACAACCUGGCGGCCGACGUGAUCACGCUCAAGCAGAGGCUGCAGGAGGAGACUGGGCAGCGGCAGGAAGCAGAGAACAACUUGAAGACCUUCAGACAGGAUGUGGACGAGGCGGCUCUCAGUCGGGUCCAGCUAGAGAGGAAGAUUGAAGCUUUGCAGGAUGAGCUCGAUUUCCUGAAGAGAAUUCACGAGGAGGAGCGGCGGGAGCUGCAGGAGCAGAUCAUGGCUCAGCAGGUCCACGUGGACAUGGAUGUUUCCAAACCGGACCUGACGGCGGCUCUCAGAGAGAUCCGUGUCCAGUAUGAGAACGUGGCGUCAUCAAACAUGCAGGAGACUGAGGAGUGGUACCGAUCCAAGUUUGCAGACCUGACGGAUUCGGCCACUCGUAACGCAGAAGCUCUCCGUCAGGCCAAGCAGGAAGCCAACGAAUAUCGCCGUCAGAUCCAGGUGCUCAACUGCGAUUUGGACUCCCUGCGAGGAACCAAUGAGUCUCUGGAGCGUCAGCUGCGAGAGAUGGAGGACCGCUUCACUUUGGAGACGGCUGGCUACCAGGACAACAUCGGCCGUCUGGAGGAGGAGAUCCAGGCACUGAAGGAGGAGAUGGCUCGACACCUGCAGGAGUACCAGGACCUGCUCAAUGUGAAACUGGCCCUGGACAUUGAGAUCGCCACCUACAGGAAGCUGCUCGAAGGAGAAGAGAGCCGGAUCACAAUUCCAGUCCAGAGCUUCUCCAAUCUGCAGAUCCGAGACACUAAUCUGGACACUAGAACUGCGGAAGCUCACGUGAAGAGAAGCAUCCUGGUCCGAACAGUGGAGACCAGAGACGGAGAGAUCAUCAAGGAGUCCACCACCGAGCACAAAGAUCUCCCGUAAUCUCUGGACUAUUUCUCGCUGAUAAUCUGAUGAUAACGUCAACUUGAGUCAUACCAACGCUGACUAUAGUAACACGGUCACCAGAAGACUGAGCUCUGGUUCUAGAAUUAGAGUUAUGUAGAUGCAACUGUUAUUAUCCUAAUCUAUAAGAAACACAGCAGCUACAUUUCAACACAUGCAUUCUAAGUCAUAAAACCAUCUGACCAGCACCAGACUACCAUUUCUGUCACACCAAAAGAUUAACCUUUUACUGGAAUAAUCUGUAUAGCAGCCAAGAUAACUUUAGUGCAGUGUUUGUUUUUUUUAUUCUGUAAUGAGAGAGAGAAAUUCAGAUUUUCGUUAUGUGUUGCACGUUGGUAGAUAUUGCACGAUAAUGAAUCACUGAAUUUAGUUAGUGACAUGACAUGACCUGGCUGACAAAGGUUGGGCCUAACUGCUGUCACACACCAGUGUGAAAACGUAAAAAAUAUAUGGCCUACAAUAAGAACCUUCAGUCGCAGGUGUCAAACGUGGGGCGCGCAGCCACAUCCAAGCCAGCUGAGUCCUUUUAUAUGGCCCGUCACAUCUCGACAUGGUGAACUUGACACGCUGAAGGUGCGAGGCGUUUAAGGACGGGAAGUGUAUUUAUGUUUGUGCUUAAAGAGGAAAACCAGAAUGUCUUAAGUGACAUGAAUCAACAUGUAAUGACACUAAACACAGUGGUCGACUCUCAACAAUCUAACAUGUGGACUGAUCUGUCUUUUGACUCAUAUCCCGUGGUAAAGAGGACCCGGGGACUUGGCCUGCCACCAGCGUUUGACCUUUUGGCCCGUUGCGGUUGGAGUCACAGCUGGAGUCUGUAUCAUGGUGCUUGCUUGAUAUAUGAAACUGGUUAUUUGAUUUAAGUUGGGACCUAAAGUUGGGACGACCCGUUUUGUUCCGGAGGUGCUGCCAUGAGAACUAACUAAAUAAACUGACAUUUUAACUCUAGAAAUGUAAGUAACUUUGUGUUGACUUUAUUUUUGUCAACCAAAAUACUAGUGUUGGCAGAGGAUUUUUUUUUUGAAAACAAGAAGUGCCAUGUGACGUCUGACAUGUUCUGCUAUCAUAGUGUUCUGAAACUGAUGUGAAGGACAAAUGGUUUCCAUGAUUUAAAUCAAUGUGAUGUGUUGUACGUGUCUCUGAUGUGGUGUGUAGUCGGUACGUCGCUAUACUGUAUGUUCGUGAGAAGUGGUGAAGGAGUGUCGCGAGGAAGUCUGUCCGAGUUAAAAUAGGAUGAAAGGAGAUGGAGACCUGUGUUUGAUGGAGGAGCGUGAAUUUGAGUGAUGAAUCUCUCCGGUGCUAUUCGACUUAACCUGUUCUCUGCCGAUUGGAUUAAAUCUUGACUGACCUGGA